AUGCAAUCAUGCAAUAAUCAAUCAUUAAAGCUUAAUUUUGAACGGCUAUUUUUGGCUUGUUUGCUUUAUUAUAGUACUAUUGCAAGAGUCGCUACUAGAGAAAAUAUAUUGGGGAAUAACGGAGCAUAUAAAUCUCGUAAGUGCUGUGAAGGUUUGUUCGUGAACUAA